AUGCUACGUCUUUCUGGUUAUCACAUCAUGAUAGUUUCGAAGUACCUCGAGUUUUUUAAUAAUACAAACUUUAUUAACUUAGAGUUUGUAUGCAAGAAGUUUGGUGGUAAUAUGGAGAAGUUCCACUUCAACCCAAUUCCGUUGGAUUAUAAAACAAUUGGGUACUAUUCAAACAUCGAGACACUUCACUUGUGGGAUGUAAAAAAUGAGAAUUUUAAAAAUGGAUUUAUUAUCAACAAAAGAGAAAAUAAAGAUAAAUCAUUGUGUGGUUCAAUGUUGAUUUCGAGACUGUUGACAAUAACAAAGAUCGAAACAUCGAAUUUAAAAAUGUUACUUACACUCA